CACAAAUCAAAAUCCAUGUACCCUAUUAAAUGUAGUUUUCUUUUACGCUUUCAGAGUUUGGAGCCUCUUCCAUUGGCUGGGCCAGACUUUGGUGCCUUGGGAGAGGAAGCUGAACUGGUUGAAGUUGAACCUGAGGCCAAGCAGGAAAUUCUUGAAAACAAAGAUGUGGUGGUUCAGCAUGUGCACUUCGAUGGACUUGGAAGGACCAAAAAUGACAUCAUCAUGUGUGAAAUCGCUGAUGUUUUCAAGGCAAGGAAUCUCAUUGAUGUGAUGAGAAAAUCACAUGAAGCUCGUGAGAAGCUGCUUCGUCUGGGAAUCUUUAGACAGGUGGAUGUUCUGAUUGAUACCUGCCAAGGAGAUGAUGCCCUUCCAAAUGGUUUAGAUGUGACCUUUGAGGUAACAGAAUUGAGAAGGCUAACUGGGAGCUAUAACACCAUGGUUGGCAACAACGAAGGCAGCAUGGUGCUUGGGCUCAAGUUCCCAAAUCUCUUUGGACGUGCAGAAAAGGUGACCUUCCAGUUCUCCUAUGGAACAAAGGAGACUUCAUAUGGCCUGUCCUUCUUCAAACCACGGCCUGGAAAGUUUGAAAAAAAUUUUUCAGUUAAUAUAUACAAAGUAACUGGACAGUUCCCUUGGAGCUCUCUUCGAGAAACAGACAGAGGAGUAUCAACAGAAUUUAAUUUUCCCAUCUGGAAGACCAGUCACACACUGAAGUGGGAAGGUGUGUGGAGAGAGCUUGGCUGCCUUGCUAGAACAGCAUCCUUUUCUGUUCGAGAGGAAAGUGGACACACCCUAAAAUCUUCUCUCUCUCAUGCCAUGGUAAUUGAUUCCCGGAACUCCACAAUCUUGCCAAAACGAGGUGCUUUGCUGAAAAUUAAUCAGGAGUUGGCUGGCUAUACAGGUGGAGAUGUGAACUUCCUGAAAGAGGAUUUUGAACUUCAGUUGAAUAAGCAACUUAUCUGGGAUUCGGUUGUUUCAGCAUCACUCUGGGGCGGAAUGCUUGUACCUAUUGGAGACAAACCAUCCAGUAUAGCUGACAGGUUUUACCUGGGUGGACCAACAAGCGUGCGUGGAUUCAGCAUGUACAGCAUUGGACCCCAGAGUGAAGGUGAUUAUUUGGGAGGAGAAGCCUUCUGGGCUGGAGGGGUGCAUCUCUACACCCCUCUCCCUUUCCGGCCUGGCCAAGGAGGUUUUGGAGAUCUUUUCCGAACACAUUUCUUCCUUAAUGCUGGAAAUCUCUGCAAUCUCAACUAUGGUGAGGGUCCCAGGGCGCACCUGCAGAGGCUGGCAGAGUGCAUCCGCUGGUCCUACGGCGCGGGGAUAGUGCUGCGCCUGGGGAACAUUGCCCGGCUGGAGCUCAACUACUGCUUCCCCAUGGGAGUACAGGCUGGAGACAGGAUAUGCGAUGGUGUUCAGUUUGGAGCAGGAAUAAGAUUUCUAUAACAGAAGUAUUUUACAUCACUAAAUGAAAUUGUGAUGGAGAUGAAAUCAAGACUAUAACAUACUUCAAAAUGGUCUUUUUUCCUUGAAAUGCAGAUACAUAGCUGAGUGAUUUACCUCUUGGACUCCACAGGAAACCAUAUUAAAUAAUUAUGCUCUAAA